UGCAUAGAUAAGGAACAAGCUAUACAACGUACAACCUACAUGGUUUGGAUGAUCUUAUGGAUGGCAUCGACACCCGUGUCGACUAUAGGGACGAAUCCAGGAACGUACGGUUCCAACUAUUCCGCCUCUAUGGCCAGAACCAAACAGAGUUCUACGAGUAGUCUAUGGUCAGCCUUUACAGACAUCUUCGUCGAGCCUUUCAGGAGGUUUAAGCGGGCUGUGUUUGGAGGAAGAAGGAAGGGGUCUGUCGACGAUUCCUACCUCUACGGGAAGGAACAUAUGAGCGGAGUGGCUCGUGGCAAUGCACUUCUAGAUGAGCAGGAGCGUGACUUGCGGAACGAGCUGGCAUUGCGAACGCAGGCGGCGAAAUAUUUCAAAGGGGAAGCUAGAAAACUGAGGCGCCAAUCGGGCGAAUCGGAAAAGACGAUAAGGGAACAGGAGGAAAUUGAAGCAAGAUUAUAUCCAACAACAUGAUGCGGUCGUCAAUCAUGUCGCGAUGUAUUGAUAAUCCCUUCUGAAGACGGCCGCACCUAUUUCAAGUAUUUGCAUGCCAUUCUGAGUCGC